GAAAUUAGCACCUGGAGUUAGUCAGUUUGCUUACACCUGUGUACAAGAUCAUCCUAUCUGGACUAACCAGCAGUUUUGGGAAACAACCUUUUAUAGCAACGUGCAAAAUCAAGUUCGCUCCCUCUACCUAGCAGCCAAAGACGACAACCAUGCAGUACAAUUGAGACAAAAGGAGAAAAAUCCUGUAGGUCCAGACCAGGAUAAGACAGCAAUGGACCUGGCUGCUGAGCAGUUGCGAUUAUGGCCAACUCUUAAUAAACAAACUCAACAGGAGCUAGUCCAGAAUGAGGAAAGUACAGUUUUCAGUCAGGCAAUUCAUUUUGCUAACCUCAUGGUCUACCUGCUAGUCCCACUGGAUACAAGUAAGAACAAGUUACUAAGAACAUCAGCUACUGGUGACUGGGAGAGUGGAAGCAACAGUAUUGUCACAAACAGUAUUGCAGGCAGUGUUGCAGAGAGUUAUGACACUGAAAGUGGAUUUGAGGACUCUGAGAACAAUGAUGUUGCAAACGCAGUUGUACGCUUCAUCACCAGGUUUAUUGACAAGGUUUGCACAGAGAGUGGAGUUACACAGGAUCACAUCAAGGGUCUUCACUGCAUGAUACCAGGCAUUGUAGCAAUGCACAUAGAGACCCUGGAGGCCGUCCAUCGUGAGAGUAGGCGGCUUCCACCAAUACAGAAGCCCAAAAUUCUACGACCAACUUUACUGCCAGGAGAAGAAUUUGUGUGUGAAGGUCUUCGUGUGCUGCUGGACCCUGAUGGCAGAGAGGAAGCUACAGGAGGACUGCUUGGAGGUCCUCACAUCCUCCCUGCUGAAGGAGCUUUAUUCCUUACCACUUACAGAAUUAUAUUUAAAGGCACUCCUCAUGAUCAACUGGUUGGAGAGCAGACAGUGAUCCGGAGCUUUCCUAUUGCAUCUGUGACGAAGGAGAAGAAGAUCUCUAUACAGAACCAGCUGCAGCAGAGUAUGCAGGAAGGACUGCAGAUCACUUCAGCUACCUUUCAGUUAAUUAAAGUAGCAUUUGAUGAAGAAGUAAGUCCUGAAGUGGUGGAAAUAUUUAAGAAACAGUUAAUGAAGUUCCGUUAUCCUCAAUCUAUCUUCAGCACUUUUGCAUUUGCAGCUGGGCAAACAGCGCCACAGAUAAUUUUACCAAAACAAAAAGAAAAGAACACUUCAUUCCGUACCUUUUCAAAAAGCAUUGUGAAAGGAGCAAAGCGUGCUGGGAAGAUGACAAUUGGACGCCAAUAUUUAUUAAAGAAGAAGACAGGCACAAUAGUGGAAGAAAGAGGGAAUCGCCCAGGCUGGAAUGAAGAUGAUGAUAUCUCUGUUUCAGAUGACAGUGAGCUGCACACAAGUGGUACCCUAAAAGCAUCAGAAAAAUCAACAAUGGAGCAAUUAGUAGAAAGAGCCUGUUUUAGAGACUAUCAACGUUUGGGACUAGGAACCAUCAGUAGUAACUCUUCUCGCUCAAAAACUGAAUAUUUAAGAAUAACUGCACUGAACAGGAUGUAUUCACUUUGCAGGAGUUAUCCUGGGCUUCUGGUAGUACCUCAGUCUGUUCAAGACAGCAGUCUGCAGAGAGUUGCUCGCUGUUACCGUCACAAUCGCCUGCCAGUUGUCUGUUGGAAGAACACUAAAACCAGUACUUUUCUACUUAGAUCUGGGGGCUUUCAUGGAAAAGGUGUUGUUGGCCUCUUCAAAUCGCAAAACACACAUACUGCAGCUCCUGCUUCUUUAGAAUCUUCAAGCAGUAUAGAACAGGAGAAAUACCUACAAGCUGUACUGAAUGUGAUAUCCGUCCACUGCAAAAUGAAUGGCAGUAAUACUCUCACUGUUAGACCAACAAUUGCUCUGUCUCCAGGUGUAUGGGCGAGUCUUCGUUCGAGCAACCGAUUUAUCAACACUCAGACUCCGUUCAUUGAUGUUGGUGCAAGACUUGCAGGGAAAGAUAACACCGCUUCCUACAGCAGCAGCAGUUUUCUGCAAAGUCAGCUUCUGAGACGGCAAGCAGCCCUCUAUAUAUUUGGAGAAAAAUCUCAGUUACGGGGAUUCAAACUUGAUUUUGCUUUGAAUUGUGAAUUUGUUCCUGUUGAAUUCAGUGACAUCCGACAGACAAAGGCAAGCUUUAAAAAGCUGAUGAGAGCUUGUGUUCCCAGCACUAUUCCUACAGAUUCUGAGGCAACGUUCCUUAAAGCACUUGGGGAGUCAGAGUGGUUCCCACAGCUUCACAGGAUAAUGCAAUUGAGUGUGAUCAUCUCUGAGCUCCUGGAAAAUGGUUCUUCCGUUAUGGUUUGUUUGGAAGAUGGCUGGGAUAUUACUGCACAAGUAGUAUCUCUGGUGCAGUUACUCAGUGAUCCCUUUUAUAGGACACUUGAAGGCUUCCGAAUGCUGGUGGAAAAAGAAUGGCUCUCUUUUGGUCAUAAGUUCAGUCAGCGUAGUAAUCUGACUCUCAAUUGUCAGGGUAGUGGAUUUGCUCCUGUUUUCUUACAGUUCUUGGACUGUGUGCAUCAGAUUCAUAACCAAUACCCAACAGAGUUUGAGUUCAAUCAGUAUUAUCUGAAGUUUCUGGCUUUUCAUCACAUAUCAAAUAGAUUUAAGACAUUUCUUCUGGAUUCAGACUACGAAAGACUAGAGCAUGGGACAUUGUUUGAAGAUAAAGGAGAUAAACAUGCCAAAAAAGGAAUUUGUAUUUGGGAAUGUAUUGAAAAGAUGCACAAAAGGAGCCCUAUUUUCUUCAAUUAC